GACGUCAUAAUAUAGAUCCGUAUUAAUGCAAGACGGCAUCAUGAGACAAACAAAGAUGUCUGGUCGACAACGUCAGACAAGGUCAAGGUCGACCUCAAGCGUCGGAGCCAAGGUGACCUCAUUUUUUCGGAGUCUGGUGAAGACUCACAACGAUGAGGACGGCGCCCAUACAUUAACCGAACUAGGGGACAGAGCCAUCGACCUCUACAGACAACUACACAGAGAUAGCGGUAUCAGUGCGCCAGAGAGAAGUUCGCCCAGACACGAAGGUCAGCAUGGUCGGAAGGGACCAAGAAGGAAGUGUGGGAAUCUACGUGGCCAAAGGAAGACUGACGUGCAAGGGUUCUCAAAAGAUGAGUCGGAGAUCCCCGGAAGUGACACAUUUCCAACUAGAACAACUUCACGUAAGAAAAGGAGAAGCGACAUGGUGCCAUCGGAGGUUACAGUAGUGGGCGACGAUACCAUCCUACAGCAUCCCGUCUGCGUCGAACCCAAGAAGCUUUCGAAAUCCACCAGAUCCGGUUCCUCGUCACCUAACACACAGGAGAAACAUGCGAUAGGCCCAGGUUCCAUGGCGCGGCGCAGUAAGGCACGCGAUCGCAAUUCAAAGAUCCAUUGUUCACCGGGGAAUGUAGCUCAGCUGAACAAAGAUUGUAUCAGAAACGAAAUAAACAACAGGCAGCGAAACAUUCUGGCAUCAGUCCCCCUCUGCAUGUGGACAAGUGGAAGCGAGACUGAGGCUGAAGAGGGCUCUUCUGGCCCUGGAUGUAUGGGAACACAAGGGAAGGCCAGGUGGCAGACUUGUAUCGCAAGGAUCUCGGAUGCGAAAGAUUCAAAGGGGAACCUACCAACAACCCCCUGCAGGAUAGCAGAGAGGAGGAAUGCAACCAUGCACAUCGAACAUGAUGGCCAUGGGAGUCAUGGAGAGAUCCUUUCCAUCCCGUCUCUUCCAUACCCAGACCCUCUGGCUGGUCUGGAGGAUCUGCUGCAGGACCUGGAGGUCACGGAAGAGGCCUGGAGAAAGAGGAGGGUCCAUAAGAGACGGAGAGAGGUUACAAACUCGGCAGAGGACCACGAGAUGGGACUUCAACAAGGGAAAUACGGAACGGCCCAACCAGAUGGAGACACGCCCGCAUCAGCACUGGAAAAAGUGAGAAUCACAGAAUCGAAUCAGGGCGUGUCCGCACAGGUUGCCAUGGACACACGAGCUGGGACAGUUAUGGACCGGGCGGCACGACGUGCAGAACAGGAAGAGCUAUCGCGCGAGAUGGACGCCUUGCUGGCUUUGAUUGGCAGCACGUAGAAAACCCAGGCCUUUUAAUGGAUAUGGCAUUUUUUUACACAAAACCAUGUACACACGCGCAAGUUUGUAACGGAUGCUACCUCCGAGGACUAUUACCCUCAUAUGCCUCUUCAUUACAUAAAGCAUGUAUAUUACCUAGAA